UCACGCGAAUUGUGCUCAUCUCUAAAGUGCUGGCAAACAGGUUGUAAACAAAAAGUAUUGAAUGUUGUUAGGGCCAUUUAUAAACAAAAAGCCAUUCUUAAAGCGUCCGCUUGGGUAAAAAUGCGUUUUCACAUGAACGGCAGCAGCGACGACAGUGAUAUUGUGGCUUCCACAGCUACCGCCGAGCACAUUCGCAAAUUUGUAUUCAGCUGCAACGUUGGAAGCGGCGGUGAUACAACCGUAGAUCGCUUAGAAAUUAGAAUACCAGAGAUUCUGCAGGGAGCCUACUCAUUUUAUACCUGGCCCAGCGCUCCAGUUCUCGCCUACUUCCUGUGGGAGCGUCGGCAAACACUUGCGUGCAAGCGCAUAUUAGAACUAGGUGCUGGAACUGCAUUGCCCGGCAUACUGGCUGCCAAAUGCGGUGCUCAGGUGGUGCUCAGCGACAAUUGUAUUCUACCCAAAUCCCUAGCGCACAUACGCAAAUCCUGUCUAGCCAAUCAAUUGCAACCAGGAGUUGACAUCGACGUCGUUGGUCUAAGCUGGGGCCUGUUGCUGAAUAGCGUUUUUCGGCUGCCUGCAUUGGACCUUAUAAUAGCGGCAGAUUGCUUCUACGAUCCCAGCGUAUUUGAGGAUAUCAUUGUGACGGUGGCGUUCCUGUUGGAACGCAAUCGUGGAGCAAAAUUUAUAUUCACAUACCAGGAGCGCAGCGCGGAUUGGUCAAUAGAAGCGUUACUUAAGAAAUGGAAACUACAUGCAUCGAGCAUAAAUAUGGAUGAUAUUGGCAAGCAGUCCGGUGUGGAUUUGCUUGAAUACAUGGGUGGGCACACGAUACACCUGUUAGAAAUAACGCUCAUCGAGCCACAAAACGUGGGUGACUUAGUAGAGUAAAAAAUAAACAAAAAAAUUAACCAGAAAA